AUGGCCGACAUCAAGUCUACACUAGUUCCCCCAGGCAAACCCGACGAAGCUUACAUAGUCCCGUAUCUUGAAGGACAUGCUGUCGACAUACCAUCUUCUGUCUCGGUUAUCCGAGUAAUGGUAACCGCGAAAGAGACAAAUAACACUUUUGCAUUGGUGACGUCAGGCGGUUCCGAAGGGCCUCCUAUUGGGUUCCACUGCCACGAUGAUGCACAUGAUAUAUUUCUCUGCACCAAGGGUCAGGUGAGCGUCUGGGCCAAUGAACCAGGUCGUACUCUCGAUCCUGGAGACAUGGCCAGUGUACCACAUUCGCCAGAUACAAGAGACCCGACUAAGACGUUGUUUCCUCGUCUUAUGGAAUUACCUGGUAAACAUGACUUUGUGCCUGUCCCAGGUCAUCCCGCCACCGAGGUCACGUUUUGCCUACCGACCGACAGCGUUAUCCCGGACGGGCCGGAACCAUACUUUCUCAAAGCAGACUCCAGGCCCAAGUAUGCGGCCACAGGACUCCUGUUCAAGCCCUUGGUCGGCUUGAAGCAGACACACAACCGCUUCGUGGUGUCUCGCAUUGAAGGAACAACCCGAAUUCCAUCUAAACUGCCCAAACUCAGCUAUCCUAGCCACCAAGCCAUCAUCGUAGUUGAAGGGGCUUUCAGGGUUGACGUUGGAGACUAUGCGCAGGAAGUCCAGACUCGUCAGACUAUUUUCAUCCCUGCUGGAAAUGCAGCUUCGCUGGCGGCGACUACUCGUUAUGCAUCGUUGUAUGUCACUUGCGAUGGCGUUGGCUUCCCGGCGGUCCUGGGGGCCAUUGGAAAGGAAUACUCAUCUCCUGUAAUUUCUGUGGGAUUUGAUAGUGACCCUGACGUCUCCAGAUACGAGGAGGCUUUCGAGCGACUUGGUCUUCAGUAG